AUGGUCGGCAAAGCUCGCUACCAUGCCAAAGCACGCGCCUUCGUCAACUUGUCAGCCGGUGCGAUCGAGGCUGUCUGGGAGUCCUUCAAUGAUGUUGCGGAUGGCUUUGGAAUUAGUUUAGGCGAGAUGCAACUCAUCUGUCAGGAGCUAACGUCUGAACUUGAGAUUGGCCGCCCGUUGCUUGAUAAGCAGGUCGAAGCUCUGUUCAUUCGAAUGGAUUCAGAUGAAAAUGCUCUGGUGGAUGCAAUCGAAUUUGUCUCGACGCUCGCCAUGACAUCGGGCAUGUCUGCUCACGACAAACUCGAAUUUGUUUUCACCUGCUUUGACUUUGAUGGUGCAGGACAGCUUAGUGUUGAUGAAAUUACACUCGCGUUCCGUUGCACUUUGAUGGGAUUGUGUAAGCUCACUGGACAAAUUUGUCCGUGUGAAGAAGAACUCGAAGUUGUUGCCAUGCGCGCCUUCGCCGCGGUGAACCCAAGCUAUAAGGAUGGUAAGGACAGUGAACAUCCCGUAGACAUAAAUACAUCCCUUGCGCUUGCCAAGCUCCGAAUACUGGACGCGAUUUCAUUUUGUUUGUCUGACCCAGAGGCAUUAUCGUGGCUAGAAUUUUUUGACGAUCCUGAUCCAAUAGCUUCUCUCAGUGGUGAGGUUCCUGAGAGUGACGAGGAAGUAAAUCGCCCACCGACUGGGAAAGCAAAGGUCCCAGUCCUGCUAGAAUCUAUAGACUACAAGCCAACGCAACAAGACAUUGACUACACACAAGAUGGCAACUACCCUGCUGGUACGACUGCGGCUUCCGCUGCUCUUGAGGGCGCACCCGAAUUGGCAUCUAAGCUUGCAGCACUUGCAGAAAAGGCUAGAAACCCCCGCGGAGAGGUCGAGCCUUGGGUCACGUCUGUUGCUUCGCUAGCGCCAACCGCAUUGGCGAAUGCGCCCCCGGAGCUGAGCUUGCCAAGUGCAAACCUCUCGCUUGAGUGGGUGCACGGUUAUCGCGGCGAGGAUUGCCGUGGCAAUGUGCGAUAUACUUCAGCGGGUGAGAUAGUCUACCCGGUGGCCCGCAUGGGCAUCGUAUACUCUCCAUUAGAGCAUCAACAACGAUACAUGACAGGACACGCCAGCGACAUUGUCAGUUUUGCGAUUGCGCCAGAUGGAUGCACCGCUGCCACCGGAGAGACAGGAGCCCGUCCGAGCCUCAUUUGCUGGGAUGUUGUGUUGUGUGCACCACUAGCAAUCUUAGCCGGCGUUCAUGCCGUUGCCAUUACCCAGCUGGCGUUCUCGCCAUCAGGCGAGCGCCUCGCAUCCCUCAGUGGUGAUAUAGGACGAACGCUCAUAGUCUAUUUGUGGCGUACUGGUGUUCGAAUAUUUUCAGGACGUUCGGAUCAUCUGGGCACCAUUCUAGGCGUUUCAUUUGUGGGCGAUUCUCCAGAUUCAGUUGCUGCCUGUGGAAGCGGCGCGCUAAGCGGUGGAAAGGAUGGCAAAGUGCGGCAAUGGUCGCAUGCUCUCGAGCCGGGAGCCAGCUUCGAUUUGACUGAGCUUGGCGCAAAUCCAACAAUCCGAUCAGUAUGUUUAUCAAACGAUGGUGCGAAACUUCUGGUCGGGACUGGCGGAAAUGAGAUCUAUGAACUUUCAGCUGCCGACGGAUCUGAUGCACUUGGUGGACCGGUUACGUCCUCCCACUUUGGAAGAGCAAUGCGUGGAAUUGCUUGCCAUCCUCUAAAACCAGAGUUUGCUACAUGUGGUGCCGACUCCACCGUACGUGCAUGGGACAUCACAACCAGAAACCCAGUCCGAACAGCCAAACUGGAUGCUCCAGUCUCGUGCGUGUGUUAUCAUCCCAACGGAGACUUGCUCGCUAUUGGACUUGGCAAUUCAAGCGCAGCGGGGGAGCUACGCAUGCCUCCAAAUCCCAAAACGGGUGGUUUUUGCGUACUCAACGAUGCAGAUCUCUCCAUUGCCUUCGAGGCGCGCGACUCCACGCUCCCUCUCGUUGCCUGUCGUUUCUCGCCUGAUGGAGAGGUCCUCGCCUUUGCUAGCGAAGACUGUUCUGUGUACCUGUAUGCCAGUGCGGAAGAGUAUGAGUCUAUAGGCCAAUGCCGUCGGCAUCCAGCACCGGUACGCUGCAUCGACUUCUCCAAAGAUUCUCGCUGGGUGCGGUCAUGCUGUGAUGCUGGUCAACUUCACUUUUUCAAUGCCAACUCUGCGCAGUAUCAAUCCAACCUCAGCGCGCUGAAGGACCUUCGCUGGGCCACGGAAACCUGUGUGUAUGGAGCUACAAGGCGAGAUGGUGCGCAACUCACGGCUUGUGCACGGGCCCGUGCCGGAGAUGACGGUCCAGAAUCUGGCGGGGGCGUCCUCGCGACAGGUGAUUCAUACGGUAGAAUUCGCCUUGCACGAUUCCCUUCGCGGCAAGAUGGUGCGCGAUUUGAAUGGCGUGGACACGCGGGUGUUGUUGUGGCCGCGACUUUCAACUCGGACGAAACACACCUACUCACUGCUGGUCGUGAUGAUCGUUGUGUAAUGCAGUGGAUCCUCAUGGAAGAUGAGCGUGACGUCGAGGAUGCAGACGACCGCGACGAAGAUGAGGCUGAGGAUUAUGCUCCUGAACUGCGGGAUAACCACGAGUUCAAGCGCACUCUUGAUUGCGAAAUUGCUGUCGAUAUCGCAAAUGAGCUUGCACUUGCUGCCGAGCAAGAGGCAAGAAGCCGUGUCACGCGUACCACGGAUGAUGCGAAAGCAGGCGUCGAUGCGGAAUUCGCUCAACCCGAGGCGCCUUACUCACGCGACCCGUGGUAUCUCACCAUGACGACGCCGCCUCAACCACGCCCUCGAGCACCUUCUGCUCCAACGGAUGCGCUGACGUUGUCACGGGGGGGGACCCUCGUCCGUGUAGAUCUCGGGAGCGGUGCCCAGUCAUUUGGGACUGCGCACGCUGGAUUCGAAAUCUGCGCCCUGGCGAUAUCACUCGAUAAGAUUAUUCGUGGGCCGCAUUCAAAUGCUGUGACUCUCCUAGCGUUUGAUGACGACAAGGGUGAGAGGAUUGCUAGCAUUGGGGCAGAUAGCAACCAUACAGUCGCAGUACAUGACGUAUCUUCGGGAUACCUCCUAUUUACGUCGCCAACCACGAAGCGUAAACCACUGGACCUCGCCUUUGGGAGGCUCGGAAACGAGAUGGCUAUCGUAGGUCACGCUGCAACGAGGCACGCAUCUGCCUCUUUCGCGAGGAUUGGGCGACACGGGGCGUUGCAGGCUUUUCUUUGCUGCGCAUAUUUACCUAGCGGUCACUGCAUCGUUGGCACUGCCGAUGGCCAUCUUUUUGUAUUUGGGGGGUCAUCUCGUGAGCUGGAAAAAUCUAUAAAAGCGCAUGAUGGAUUCAUUUAUGCCAUGGAUGCCCCAUGGUGCCGUUCUAGAAAUUCAAAUACGUUCGGGGGGCCAAGUGUAGUAGCGCUCGUCACUGGUGCACGUGAUGGCGAUAUUAGACUUUGGAAUGACGCUCUCGAGAUGGUAUCCAAGUUUGACAAUCACGGCGCGGGGCCUGUUCGUUCGGUGUUCAUCUCAGCAGACUUAUCUAGGGUUCUGGUAGGCUCUCAGGCCGCCACGCAGCUCAGAGAGUUCAGGGCGUCAGAUGGAGUGCCAGUGUCAGCGCCAAUCGCCGGUGGCGGAGCUGCUGCCGGCGAGUCGUGGGGCUUGGCUUCACACCCGACACUACAGCGCUUCGCUGCAGCCUCUGAUGAAGGUGCCCUUGCAUUGUGGGAUGCAGAAGCCCUUGACGUUCGGACUGCCAGGCUGGGUGGCACACUUCUCGCAGGCGCGUGUCGUGCCCUGGCCUACUCACCCGAUGGAAGACUUAUCGCAGCAUGCCUUGGUGGCCCGAGAUCGAGCAAUGCGACACUAAGCUGGGCUCGUCGCAGGAGAGAUUUUGAAGAUGGGAAGAUAAAGAAGAGGGGGGUAGAUGAGGAUGAAACCUCCACAGUUUCAGCCAAUGUUCGAACUGAUGGUCUCUUGCAGCUUCUUCGGGCCGAAACGGGGGCGCUUGUAUAUGAGUUUACCGAUGUGCGCGAAUGGCUGCGAGAUGUCAAAUUUUCGCCCGAUGGUCAAACCAUGGUUGCAGGUGGUACCGAUGGCAAUGUGCAUGUCUACGGCUGUGACGACCAUGGUCAGUUUUCGCGCAAAGCUUCGCUAACGCUAUCAAAGGGGGCUGCUGUGUGUACUGUCGAUUUCACCUGUGACGGUCGUCACAUACAGGCAUCUGAUGAAGCACGUGCCUUGUCCUAUGGCGAUCUCCACGUUGGUGUUGUGGUGCGCGAUCCUGCAAUUCUGCGAGAAGCGAAUUGGGCGACGUGGACAUCUCCAUUUGGCUGGCCUGUAAUUGGAGCCCAUGCUAUUCAUGCAAGGCCCGAAGCCGGGGGAUACGAGACUACCACCACAGACGCUAUUGAUGAUGCCAAGAGCGUGCUGAAUCUCACAUGCGUAUCGCGUUCCAACUCGGCUCGAGUCAUAGCCACGGGUGAUUACCACGGAGUGCUGCGAACGCUAAGAUAUCCUGCAAGUAAUGCUGAAGCAGCCGCGUCUAAAAUAGGAGUUGCUCAUGUUGGAGUUGUUCGGCGGCUGGUCUGGACAGCCCAGGACUCACACCUCAUCACCGUGGGUGGCCUCGAUAGGGUUAUCUGCGUGUGGCGCUAUGAGCCAGACUUCGCUGAUUUUGAUGAUGACCUCGGUUCUAGUACUGAGAAGGAUCCUCGUGAUUAUGACGACGCUAUAGAUGCUGACGGGGGGCGAGCGAUGGCUGCCGCAGUCGAGCGCUCAUCCAAGGCCACGAAUUUCCAUGUCGCAGCUUCGCAAUCGGCAAGUGACUCGCAAAAGAAUAAACCAACGACAGUGGCGGCCUGGAUUUCAGCGUUGGUGCCACCGUCAAAUCUCGAGCAAGAGGAUCCAGGAGCCCCGCAGAUCAGUUUGAAACUUGAGUGCGCACAUGGUCAGCGCUCUGAUGACGUUCGUGGGCUCGUUGGGUAUAACGCCCAAGGUGGGGUGGUGUAUGCAUGCGGCGCCUUAGGGGUAGUAUAUGACUCUCGUACGCACACUCAAUGCUUCCAUUUCCAUCAUCCCCAAGGUGGUGAUCCUAGCUGUGGAGACUUGCACAUGGAUGAUGAUGGAGUCAUAAGCGGCUUGGCUGACAUUAGUGCCUUGAAUGUGUCACACGAUGGGCGUUUUGCGGCAUCCGGGGACCAAGGCAAAACACCUCGCGUCAGAGUAUGGGACGCACUGACUGGGAACACUAUCUCAGUACUUCCACGUCACCUUCGCGGAGGUGUACUUGUGCUCUCCUUCUCACGUGAUGGCAGGCAUCUCGCUGCGAUUGGGUCGGACCCUGACCAUUCCUAUGCACUGUAUACCACUCGCUCUGAUGUCUCCCCAACCUCGCAGACCGAACUCGGUGUGGAUGUUAGAAAUUCACGGGAUGUUUCGACCCGCCGCCCCCUGUCGGAUGCAGACUCCGAUGCUGCUGCCCUUACUGGAUCCGUUUCUGGUUCAUUGUACCUCUGGAGUGGGACUGAAGUUGCAGAGCAUGUUCCUGACGCCCACGAUGGACCAAUCUAUGCUGUUACAACCGCACAUAAGCGUGGUGCUUACGCAACAGCAGGGCGUGAUGGUGCAAUAAAGACAUGGGAUGCUCGUCUUCAACCAAUGCUUAGCUUCAGACUCAGUGAGGCCUCCAUUCCGUUUUUAACGCCAACUGCCGCAGCCAUCUCAUUCGGUGGUGCUCAUGGAACCAAGAUCCUCAUUCUGGUGCGCUCUGGUGAGAUGUGCGAGCUCGCAAUCAACUCUGGUCGUGUGGUCCUUUUGACUGAAGCGCACGCACGUCGCAAGAAACAAGCGACCGAAGCUCAUGGCCUUGAUGUAAAUCCGAAGCAUGGUGACAUAUAUGCUACGAGCGGAGACGACGGUACUGUCCGUGUUUGGUCAUGCGCCUCUCGUCGUUGUGUGAUGCGUGUAACGCCAGACGUCCUUGGCGGUGCUGCUGCUCGUUGUUGCUCGUGGGCACCAGAUGGGAUCCGUCUCGCAGUUGGUCUCGGCGGCGACCCAGCAGAUAAAGCACGAGACGGGACCCUCAUUAUACUCAAUAUGAAGCUUGAGGAAGACACUCCUGAGCUGCUCACAGAGGUUCGCAAGUCAAAGGCAGCACUCGCCGAUGUCAAGUGGUGUGAUGAUGGCACUUUCUUGCUCGCCGCAUCCGAGGAUAGCCGGGUCUAUAUUCAUGAUGCUCGAGACUGCAGCCUGAGGACUGUCUGCGCGAAAGCCGGCGCGCCUCUUGCGUGCAUCGACCUGAGUGUGGAUGCCAGCCACUUUCAAGUCGCAACCCAAACAAACGAACUUCAUUUCUAUUCUGUCCUCGAUGGCACUCGCAUCGCAUCACCGGCGGUCGUGCGCGAUACAAAAUGGAUGACCAUGACCGUGCCUCUUGGGUGGAAUGUUCAAGGCUGUUGGAAAUGCGCCGGCGGACAUACUGCUGAAGGAAGUGCUGUCGAUGAUGCAGAACGCGCACCGCGAUUCCUGAAGGCGAUAAGUAAUACCACGAAGCAAGAUUCUGCUCCACACGUAACGUCUGUCCACCGUUCACCUAAUUCGCGAUAUCUUGCCAAAGGGUGCGUUGAUGGAACAGUGGCCGUAUAUAAUUAUCCAACUCACGCACCGGGGAUGGCCAUGGUCAAUGUCCCUGGCCAUGCAUCAAGCAUAGCCAAAGUUCGAUUUACUAGCGACGGCAAACGCCUGGUCGCUCUAGGACAGUUCAACCGAACUAUAACACAGUAUGAAAUCAUGUUUGGCGGCACUGUCACGGCAGAUGAGCGCCGAGCCCGGGUGGUUAAUAGCACACUGGAAAUGAAGAGGCCGGGCCCUGCACGACGCGCACGCACCUCGGCCCCUGGUGAGAACCACCACCGUGACCCCCGGCCCCUUAUCCUACUAUCCAUAAAGUCAAAAGCCAAGGGGGGUGCAGCGUCGAGAGCUCGGGCCGCCUUGAGAGGCUGUGGGCGCGUCCGUUGGCGCUCUGUGCGCGUCCCUCCGGGCCUGGGCGGUGGCGACGAAGGACUCGUACCCCUGGGCGACCUCUGA